AUGGUUUCUAAGAGCCUGGACUACAACACGUGCGUCAACUCUGCCUGGCUGGACGAGGAGCGCACGCAGGGCUACACGUUUGUGGUGAAGAAGGACGCGGCGCGCUGGCUGGUGGUGCUGCUCACGGUUCUUGUUGUGUGUGGGAUUGACAUUGCCAUCAAGUCACUCUCCAAAUGCAAAUACACCGGGCUCCAGAGGUGUAUCCUUGCUGCUGCGGCUGCCCGUGGCUGCCGGCAGUGGCAUCCAUCAGGUCAAGUGAUACCUGAAUGGAGCCAAGGUGUCCCGUGUGGUGAGGCUCAAGACCCUGAUGAGCAGGGCCGUGGGGGUGACCUCCUCUGUGCUGGGAGGCCGGGCCAUGGGAGAGGUCAGGUCGUGGGCAAGGUCUGUGGCCGUGAGCUGACCACCAAGAUGCUGCUGCCCACGGUGCCAGCCAUGGCCAAGGGCAGGGUGGCCAAGACUACAGAUGAUGGGCCACUCCUAGACAAAGAGGACCUGGACACACUGUUCUGCGGCACCAGCAGCAGCAGCCUGCACAUCCAUGGCCUGCAGGAGGAGGACGAGGGGACGUACAGGUGCCGGGCGGAGAACAGGGAGGACUCGCUCGAUGCCGUGGCCCACAUACAGGUCCAAGUUGCUCCUAGGUUUCUGAGGCAGCCGGCCAACGCUCUCGCCUAUGAGAAGGAGAACGUAGAGCUGGAGUGCAGCGUGUACGGCCAGCCAGAGCCCUCGCUCCACUGGCUCAAGAACGGCGAGCUGCUGGUGGAGACGGAAUACCUUCAGAGUGUGAGCGGCAACAACCUGCAGAUCCUUGGCCUGGUGCGCCAGGAGGACUCCGGGAUGUACCAGUGUGUGGCGCACAGCUCGCCGGGGACGCCCAGCUGUGUGUCCUUGAGUCAAAGAACGCGUCCAGAACGUGAGUGGAGCUCCUCCAGCGAGGGACGGGAUGAAUACAAGACCCAGAUCAGCAACCUAAGUCCCGGGAGUAACUACAUGGUGCGGGUGGCGGCUUACACCUCCGGCGGCCUGGUGGGCGCCUCCAUACAUGAGGUGCGGGUGUUCACCAAGCCGGACCUGGACCUGCCCUCCGCCUCAGAGUCUGAAAGUUGUCUCCACCUCACCCACCAGUCUGGAGGCCACUUGGUCGCCGCCCGUACUGGCCAAAACGCCCAUCACGGGAUACACCAUGUUCUAUACGCAGUUUUCUCCUCAGGUUGGGUCAGCAGAAGAACACGAAGUAAAGGUCACUGGCACGUCACAUGACCUCCAAGGCCUGGACCAGUUCACUGAGCACAGCGUGUGGCUCACCGCCGUCAACAGUAAUGGCGGGGGAGACGCCACCCCGGAGGUCACUGCCAGAACCUUCUCAGACGUGCCCUCAAAGGAGCCUCAGAAUGUGAGCGUUGAGGCUGCCAGA